GGGAGGGGGGUGGCGGCAGGAGUGGCUUUUGUCCCUCAUUCUUGUUUACUCGGAGAAACUUCAGACCGGACGUGUUUAGUCAGAGCUGAAACGCAUCUCCGGGCCAAAGCGAUAGGAAACCUCCCGGCCCUGCGCCGCCUCCGCCCUCCCGAGCAAAGUUUGGUGCGAAGACGGGGUGUUCCUAAAGCCGGAAAAUCAACUAAACAUGGGCAAAGGAGAUCCUAAGAAGCCGAGAGGCAAAAUGUCUUCAUACGCAUUCUUUGUGCAAACGUGCCGGGAGGAGCACAAGAAGAAGCACCCGGAUGCUUCUGUCAACUUCUCAGAGUUCUCCAAGAAGUGCUCAGAGAGGUGGAAGACCAUGUCUGCUAAGGAAAAGGGGAAAUUUGAAGACAUGGCAAAGGCUGACAAGGCUCGUUACGAAAGAGAAAUGAAAACCUACAUCCCCCCCAAAGGGGAGACCAAAAAGAAGUUCAAGGACCCCAAUGCACCCAAGAGGCCUCCUUCGGCCUUCUUCUUGUUCUGUUCUGAGUACCGCCCCAAAAUCAAGGGAGAGCACCCCGGCUUAUCCAUUGGUGACGUUGCAAAGAAGCUAGGAGAGAUGUGGAACAACACGGCUGCAGACGACAAGCAGCCCUAUGAGAAGAAGGCGGCCAAGCUGAAGGAGAAGUACGAGAAGGAUAUUGCUGCCUACAGAGCUAAAGGGAAGCCUGAUGCAGCGAAAAAGGGGGUGGUCAAGGCUGAAAAGAGCAAGAAAAAGAAGGAAGAGGAAGAUGACGAGGAGGAUGAAGAAGAUGAGGAAGAGGAGGAUGAGGAUGAGGAAGAAGAUGAUGAUGAUGAAUAAGUUGGUUCUAGCGCAGUUUUUUUUCUUGUCUAUAAAGCAUUUAACCCCCCUGUACACAACUCACUCCUUUUAAAGAAAAAAAAUUGAAAUGUAAGGCUGUGUAAGAUUUGUUUUUAAACUGUACAGUGUCUUUUUUUGUAUAGUUAACACACUACCGAAUGUGUCUUUAGCUAGCCCUGUCCUGGUGGUAUUUUCAAUGGCCACUGACCUUGCCUGGUACAGUCUGGGGGUUGUAAAUUGGCAUGGAAAUUUAAAGCAGGUUCUUGGUGCACAGCACAAAUUAGUUAUAUAUGGGGACGGUAGGUUUUGUUUUGUUUCUUUUUU